GGGCGGGCGAUGCAGGUUGUUUCCUGAUGUAGCGACAUCCCCAUUCCUUGAACUGACUUGUUUGUUGACGAGGAAGAUGGAGUUCCUAAUGGGAAAUCCGUUCACUACCGCAGUAGGGCAUUGCAUUGAAAGAGCAACCGAUGGCUCACUACAAGCUGAAGACUGGACUCUGAACAUGGAAAUAUGUGACAUCAUCAAUGAAACCGAAGACGGGCCAAAAGAUGCAAUCAGGGCAGUGAAAAAGAGGCUGAACGGCAAUAGGAACUACAGAGAAGUGAUGCUGACUUUAACGGUGCUGGAGACUUGUGUAAAGAACUGUGGCCACCGGUUUCAUUCUCUGGUCACCAGCAGGGACUUUGUUGACGGUGUUCUUGUUAAAAUCAUCUCUCCUAAAAAUAACCCUCCCACCAUCGUUCAAGACAAAGUACUGGCCCUUAUUCAGGCAUGGGCCGAUGCAUUCAGGAGCAGUCCAGAUCUCACAGGUGUCGUCCAAAUCUAUGAGGAGUUAAAGCGAAAAGGCAUUGAGUUCCCUAUGUCAGACCUGGAGACUCUCUCGCCCAUACACACACCUCUGCGGACUGCAUCCGCACCGGAGGGAGACUCCAUUCUACAUAAGUACACCACCUCUUCCCAGCCUGCACCACACGUGGUUCCACCAGCCCACCCCACCACCCAGGUUCCAAAUAUUCACUCGUCUGGAGCAAUCAACCCUACACCUGAACAGAUUUGCAGACUGCGAAGUGAGCUGGAUGUUGUUCGAGGCAACACGAAGGUCAUGUCAGAGAUGCUGACUGAGAUGGUUCCUGGACAAGAGGACGCUUCAGACUACGAGUUACUCCAGGAGCUGAACAGGACUUGCAGAGCCAUGCAGCAAAGGAUAGUGGAGCUCAUCUCCUGUGUCUCCAACGAGGCGGUGACUGAGGAGCUGCUACACGUAAACGACGAUCUCAAUAACAUCUUCUUGCGCUAUGAAAGAUACGAGAGAUUCAGGUCUGGAAGGUCGACAGCUCAGAGUGUCAACAAUGGGGUCCUAAGUGAAGCCACAGAGGACACCCUUAUAGAUCUGGGACCCGCCUCCCCAGCGGUGGUCAGCAAUAUGCCGAAUGCAGCCCCUAGCAGCUUGCCUGCAAAUGUCACCGCCACCACAGCAAGACCAUCCUCCCCGACCACUUUAGCAUCUUGCCUGGCUGGACUCGAUGUGGGCACAGACAGCGUCAGCAAUACCCUAAGCUCUUUGUCUAGCUGCAAACCUCCACCCUCUCAGGACGAGUUUGACGUCUUUGCCCAAACCAGGACUGGGGCGCUCCCUGAACCUCCCAAGAUACCACCAGCAGAGGACAACUGUGAUCCUGGAUCUCUUGCCCCGACUGUGAAUGUCCAACAGCAAAGCACAGCAGCGUAUGUUGGAGGCCAGUCCUCUGUCAUGGAUGACAUAGAGGAGUGGCUAAGUACUGAUGUGAAAGGAGAUGAAGGGGAGGAGGGUGUGACCAGCGAAGAGUUUGACAAGUUCCUGGAGGAGCGAGCCAAAGCUGCAGAGGCGAUCCCCACCCUGCCGUCUCCGCCUACUGGCGACCCGGGCGCAGCGCAGGGAACCCCCAGCCGCAAGAAGCAAGAGAGAUCGGAGGGCGCUUUGUUUGCCAUGUAGAACGAAAAACAAAUCCAUCACACUAUUUAAAUCCACUACAGAGUUUUAUCUUCAUUGAAAGGGAACCUAAAAGGGAAAACCUAACAAAAGCGGUCUAUUUUCAUAAUGUUAAAAAGGUGACGGACCAGCAUUGUAGUCCCUUCCCUGUGUGUUUGUGAAGGGUUUUCAUGCUAGUCUGUUGACAUUUCUAAAUGAUGUGUGCCCCUUUGCGUCUCCUAGCAUGCAUUAACACAUAAGUCAUUUACUUUUUUUCCAAGCGCUACUCUCCAGUUUGCUAAGUAUUCCUGCAGGAAUAUUGUGUUUCCGUUCAGUCCCUCUGCAAAUCAGCAUGAGUUGUAAAUCUGUACAUGACAAAUGUCCUUUUCUGGGUAUAUUUUAAGCUGCAUAUGUAUGAAAGAGAUUUAUUAAUAUUCAGUAGAUUUGUGGAGGUGGGGGGGGAAAAAAAGGGAAGGGCGAUGGGUUCAUGUUUCCUGGCUGCUGUAUCUUUAGGGAUGUGCCCAACCCUGCUGAGCUUUUUUCACAAUGAGAAGGGAGUUUACUUUGGCAUACAUGCAGCACAGUAGUGUGUGAUAUUUGGGGUCCAAUCUGCCUUUUUCUGUCUUGUAGUUUGCUGUGUUGGUCACAAUGUGCUGAGACUUGUUAAGCCUAAAGUUGCUGUUUAUGUCUUUGUUUUCUAGUAAGCAUUUUUGGCCAACUGUAUCCUAUUUUUGUGACCCGAAAUAGUCUUGAGGACCAAAUGUGUUCCAUCAUCUGGAUGAAUCCCAUGAUUACAUCACAAUCUCUGCAUUUCCUGUAUACACUGACCUUUUCAGUACCUCUAGCUGUUCCCCAGAAAUGAGCUCGGGCGCUGCAAACGAGACAUUUUACUCUCGACUUGAAAAUAAACGUGUUCCAUGCACCUGGAGCAAGCGUGCACUUGAACUUGUACUGUAAAUCAGCAAGGGACAAGCACUUGUGGAUGUCAUUAAUUCAAGAAUUUCCCUUGAGAUGAGUAUUUUAAAUAGUUUUAUUGUUAUGUAAGGAAUAUAAUUCUAAUUCAUGAAGGGACGUGUUUAUUUUUGAGAGAUGUUUUCUACAACGCUGCUGGCUGAUGCAUUGUGUUAUGCGGUUGUUGUGUGUUGAAUGUAAACACUUGAGUUUAUAAGGGUAGAGUCACAUGAAGGAUUCAUCUUUUUUUUUUUUAAGCUGACUUCCUCUCCUCGCAAAGCUUCUCCUCUUUGUUCACUAAAGACGACACAUUGUUCAGUCCGUUUGUGCCAGUGUAACCUUCUUGUUGGCGAUUUGUAAGCGGAUCCCAGAUCCCAGGGUACAGACAGGAACACUGUGUUUCUUUGUGCAUCACUUGAUACCAAGAAGAGAGGAGAUGCAGAGUGUGAUGCUUCGUUUCUCUUUCUGUUGCUUGACUCCUGCAUGAACGCUUAAUAAAUGAAAUGUUGGCAGUGUGCCCUCCUUA